AUCCCAACAGUGAUGUGUCGGCUGAAGGAUAGGGAAGAGUGAAAUGACUUUGGGUUGAAAUAUUGAGUCGACAAUCCUUACUUUACCCCUAAAGAAAACAGUUGUGUUCCCUGUGGAGAAGAUAGUCUGUAUAGGAACUUGGAAAUGUGACACUGACACUACACCAAUGGAAGCAACAUCCAUAAAUUUGAAGCCAUAAAUAAAUGGACAAAUUUUGAAACAACGUCGUCGGUAAAAUCAUACAUUAGAUACUAUCAUUAUGUGAUGUGAUCGGUAUAAUUGUCAACGUAAUGCACCCCACACGUUCAAUGUAAUGAAGCCAAUAAAUAGAAGAAACAAUUGCCUGCCAUCAAGUUGUUGCCAAGUGUAUUCUUAUUUAUAUGUUCACCUUCCUUCACUCUGUUUCUCACAUCCACUCCUCAGCUACCCCUUCACUUGUAUCCACCACAAGCUUCAUUGUAGAAACACCAUUGUUGCUGCUUCUGCCUUCGAUAUAGGUGAACCCAAGAUUCCAGGUUAUAAAAAGGAUCGGGAGGAUAUUGGAGGGUUCAGCAUGAUAAAGCAAUCAGCUACUAGAAACCAGAGGUACAAAGGGUUCAAGGUCAAGCAUUUUGUGCAUAUGUGUGCCUUGCUUGCCCUUUGCAUCUGGUUGCUGAACCAAUUUAGAAACACUUACGAAAAGAAGGGCAUUGGAAUUGUCCAAAAUGGGAUGAAUGAAGAUGGAGCAAUUAAACUUGGGAGGAAGGCCCUUGAUCCUCAAGUACAAGGGUGGUCUGCGGUGAACAACGGAACCGGAGAUGUUGAAGGUGAGAUAGAUGGAGAGAAAGCCGAAGGAGAAGAAAAUGAAGUUGAGGAUCUAAUCGAUGAAGAAGAUACCGACAAGGAAAACGAAACUGUGGAUUUAGUUAUGGAGGAAAUAGUUUAGAAUGAUGAAAAACAAAGUGGUAAAGCAAAAUCACAGCUCUUUCAACCCAUGCUAUUAGACCACAGAAUAGAAUGGGAAUCAUACCAUCACGAAGAAGCAGAGAAUUGAUUCUUUCUUGCAAAUAGCAGACAAGGUUGACAUGUAUAUGAUGCUGCUCUUUUCUUCUUUCCUCAGAAUUAUAAGACUAUAGCAGCUGCAGAACUGCACAAAAUGGUUUAGCAUUUGUCAAGAUUGGCAAUGAAUGAUUAGGAAGAAACAAAA